UGGCUGCUUGCCGCUCCUUUCCAUCUCAGACCCGAGACUCCCACAAGAGCCAAAGCCAAAGGCGCCUAGCUCCCGGGAGUUCCACGAAAAUUGCUGCAAUGGACGCCAUGGAAAGAGGCCAGAGCUCGCCGCGGCUGCCUAAGAGCCGAGGUUCAAAGAUCGACGAAGAAAGCCUCAAGGUGCCGCUGAUCGAGGCGAAGAAGAAGACCGGCAGCAGAGCGCCGGCGGUGGUUCUCGGGUUCGAGUGCCUGGAGAGCACGGCGUUCAACGGCAUUGCCACGAACCUGGUGCUGUACCUGGAGCGCGUCCUGCACGGCAGCAGCCUCGGCAGUGCGUCCAACGUCACGACCUGGAUCGGCACGAGCUACCUGACGCCCGUCUUCGGCGCCAUGCUCGCCGACACCUUCUGGGGCAACUACAACACCAUCCUCGUCUCCCUCGUCGUCUACCUUCUCGGCAUGAUGCUGGUCACGUUCUCGGCGUUCCUGCCGACGACGGCGCUCUGCGGGGUGGGGUCGUCGUGCCACCCGGUGCUGGGCUCGCACACCGUGGCCUUCGCGGGGCUCUACCUCGUGGCGUUCGGCAGCGGCGGCGUCCGGGCCGCGCUGCUGCCGUUCGGCGCGGAGCAGUUCGACGACGACAACGCGGUGGACCGGGAGCGGAAGAUGUCCUUCUUCAGCUGGUUCUACAUCGCCGUCGACUUCGGCAUGAUCGUGUCGGGUCUCUUCCUCGUGUGGGUGCAGCAGAACGUCUCCUGGGGCCUGGGUUUCGGCAUCGCCACGGCCUGCAUCGCGCUCGCCUUCGCCGGGUUCGUGCUCGCCACGCCCAUGUUCAAGCGCCGGAUGCCGUCCGGCACGCCGCUCAAGAGCCUGUGCCAGGUCGUGGUCGCCGCGUCCAGGAAGGUCGCCCUGCGCGUGGUUCCCUCGGAGGCCGCGAACCUCUACGAGGUGAGCGACAAGAUCGAGCACGAGCAGCCCAGGAUCGCGCACACGGACGAGUUCACGUUCCUCGACAGGGCGGCCAUGAUCGUGGCGUCGGACCUGGCAGAGGUGACCGCGAACGACGCCGGCGCGGGCGCGGGUUCUUCCUCGUCGUCCUGGAGGCUCUGCACGGUGACGCAGGUGGAGGAGCUCAAGAUCCUGAUGCGGCUGCUGCCGAUCUGGGCGACGAGCAUCGUGCUGUCGGCGGCGUACGCGCAGCUGCAGACCACGUUCGUGCAGCAGGGGAACGCCAUGGACACGCGGGUCAUGUCCUUCAGCCUCCCCGCCGCGUCCAUGGUGUCCUUCGAGGUGAUCUGCGUCCUGGCAUGGGUGCUCAUCUACGACUUCGUGAUCCUGCCGGCGCUCCGGAGCUUCUCCCCCGCGAGCGGCGAGCCGUCGCAGCUGCAGCGGAUGGGCGCCGGCCGGCUGCUCAUGGCGGUGGCCAUGGCCGCCGCCGCCCUGCUCGAGAUGAAGCGUCUGGACGCCGCGGCAGGGGGCGGGUCCGUGAGCAUCGCGUGGCAGAUGCCGCAGUACUUCGUGCUCGCGGGCGGCGAGGUGUUCUGCUACAUCGCGCAGCUGGAGUUCUUCUACAACGAGGCGCCGGAGUCGAUGAAGAGCAUGUGCACGUCGUUCGCGCUGCUCACCGUGGCGCUGGGAAGCUACAUGAGCUCGCUCAUCUACGGCGUCAUCAACAUGCUCACGGCCACGGACGGGCGGCCCGGAUGGAUUCCGGACAACCUCGACGAGGGACACCUCGACUACUUCUUCUGGGUCAUGGCCGCGCUCUGCACGCUCAACUUCGUCGUCUACAGCGCCUUCGCCAGGAACUACCAGGUCAAGACGGUCGUGUCGUGAUCGUUCCUUGCUCCUCGGCUCGGCGUACAUACAAAACGCAUCAGAAUUCACAUUGCACACGCAGUUCGUGUUGCACAGUUUUUUUGUUUUGUUUUUUCAGUUUUGGAGGGGAAUUUCCAAAAAGUUUUUUUAUUU